AAAUAAAUCAAACUGGCAGUCGUAGAGCGAGCUGUCAAAUGCUUGUUGCUUGUUGUGUCAAAUCCGUGCUAGCUACAAAGUAACGAAGAUAAAUCAAACACCCAGUUAUUUUCUUCUGAAAGUGGCUAUAGCUCAUCUAUAGCUAGGUAAUACGACAAUAAUUAAGUCGACCGUUGAAGGUUGAACAGCACCUGUCCUCUCCACAUUUUGUUUUUCUCUGUUCCAUGGUGCUUUCUACCCUGGCUGCGUGACUGGUGGCUUGCGCCGGGGAACGAGUCGUCCUGAUGAUGAGAUCACCAACAGAAAGUGCCUUUCAGACAACAUCUCCAACUUGAACCUGCUCUGCUCCAUAUGUGCAUGGAAAGCCAACACUCCCUUUAAGGCCAGGUCUGAGCUGUGACAGGGGAUACCUCAGCUGCAAAUCUUCAGUAGCCUCCAAUUCAAUUCUGAACGACUCCAGUGGCUAAGAAAUCCAAGAGGAAAGCAUUAUUGUGGAGAGGAGAACUGUCAAAGCACAAAGAGCUGACAAAUUAGAAGUUGGCAAAGUCAAUACCAAGCACAUCUUCGUUAAUAUUCUAUCAAAGAGCUCCAUUGCCUCGAAAUACUAUAUUGAGAGUGUUCUUGUCAGUGGAGGAGGAGAGACACUUGGGGGUGUCACAGAGCAAGCCCCUCAACCUUUUCAGAGGUCUGCCAUAGGUGCAAACUGAUUGAUGAGUGAUUGAUCGUUAAUCGAUUAGCCUUCCUCCCGGCUCAUGCUGCGAGGGCCUGUCUAGUUGCUACAUAUGAUUUGAGAACUUUUAAAACACAAAUCAAACAGAGCCAAAAGUUGUGAACUUUUUUACGUGAGGCCAUUUUUGAGUUAGAGUCAACCAAUAUAUUGAACUUGCAGCGUUCAAUUGGAACCUCUUAACAUGGCUCUGAAUAUAUCUUCGAUAAGAGACACAAAAUGGCUGACGUUGGAAGUUUGUCGGCAGUUUCAGAGAGGAACUUGCUCACGGAGUGAUGAGGAAUGCAAAUUUGCACACCCACCAAAGAGCUGCCAGGUUGAAAACGGAAGAGUUAUUGCCUGCUUUGACUCGCUAAAGGGUCGCUGUUCAAGAGAAAACUGUAAGUACCUUCAUCCACCUUCGCAUUUAAAAACCCAGCUAGAGAUUAACGGACGCAACAACCUCAUCCAGCAGAAGACGGCAGCAGCCAUGCUGGCCCAGCAGAUGCACUUCAUGAUCCCAGGCACGAGCAUGCAGCCUGUAGUAAGUUACUCAUAUUCAGUACCUACGUUCAAUAUGAACCAGGGGCUUGGUACAAGCCCUGGUCUCAGCUACUCUCCAUAUCUUACACCCAUGACCUCUAUGAGCCAUGGGAUGAGCCUGAUGCCCACCGAGAUGCUCCCCAGUACCCCAGUGAUGGUCCCUGGAAGCCCCGGUGUCACAGUCCAGAGCUCCAACUCGUCCUCCUCUUCCCCCUCACAGAAGCUGCUGCGCACCGACAAACUGGAGGUGUGUCGCGAGUUCCAGCGGGGGAACUGUGCGCGAGGCGAGACUGACUGCCGCUUCGCCCACCCCAGCGACAGCCCCAUGAUCGACACCAGCGACAACACAGUCACCGUCUGCAUGGACUACAUCAAGUCGCGCUGCUCCAGGGAGAAGUGCAAGUACUUCCACCCCCCUGCUCACUUACAGGCCAAAAUCAAAGCCUCUCAACACCAGGUCAACCAAUCGGCCGUGGCAGCCCAGGCAGCAGCUGCAGCCAUGACUCAGUCGACUGCCAAAGCAAUGAAGCGACCCCUCGAGGCAACUGUAGACCUGGCGUUCCCCCAUGGCUGCCUGCAGCCCCUACCAAAGAGACAAGCACUGGAGAAGAGCAACGGGGCCAGCUCCUUCUUCAACCCCAGUAUGUUGCACUACCAGCAGGCUCUGGCCAAUGCACAGCUCCAGCAGACGUCUGCGUUCUAUCCCGCAGGCAGAUAUAUCAGUGCUUCCAGAUUACAUCAUCCAGGGUCAGUGUUUUGCAUGUCUCCUGCUACCGGCAUUGAUCAUCCUAAAGUAACCUACAAGAAAGGAACAGAGUGUCAAGACGCUCCCCUUAGAGGCCCUAAACAGCCCUUCUGUAAAUACUACUUUUGCUCCACACGAGAACUACAGCAACCUGCAUGCUGAGAAGAAGAUUACUGAGGAAAUGUAGAACAUUGAGCUAUGUUAAAAUAUACAAAUUAUAUACCUGUAUUGCUAGGACUAAUCUCGUUACUGA